CGUUUUUACUGUCACUGUCACUAUUCUAGAAGUCAAGUUAAAUUCGUCACUGUUUAGAUUGUUAACGUCACGUCAAUAUAAUUUUUGUAAUUCAUAAUUCAUUUUAUUCAUUUCAGAAACCUACUCAACUAAAUUUUGUGUUACAGAAUAAACACUUGCAAUGUCGUUGAAUACGGCCCAUUUAAAUGGAGGUGUCCUAAUCCACAAUGGAGAACAAAUAUUAUUGUUCUCGGAAAACGUAAAUAUUGAAUGGUCUGGACAGCAAAUUAGUGCAUUUCAAGGCACUAAAAAAGGAAGCAUUUAUCUUACCACACAUCGAGUUAUAUUCAAUAACCAGUCUUCUUCUGAUGAAAUGCAAAGUUUCAGUUUUCCCUUCAUCACUCUCAGUGAUGUGGAUAUAGAACAACCAGUUUUUGGAGCUAAUUACAUUAAAGGGAAAGUUCGUGCACAACCUAAUGGCAAUUGGGUUGGGGAAGCCAAGUUCAAGAUUACCUUUAAGCACGGUGGGGCCAUUGAAUUCGGACAGUCUAUGUUGAGGGCUGCACAUUUGGCAUCUAGAGGCGGAAUGCAACCUCCACCACCAUAUGUACCUCCUCAGACACAAUGGUAUGCUGCUCCACCACCAGCUUACGCACCCCCUCCGCAAGGAUAUUAUGGAUGGUCACCACCUACCAAUGUUUUUCCUCAACAACCGCCAUCUAAUGGUGUUUUCAUGACAGAUGCUCCUCCACCAUACCCAGGAAUUGUUCCUGGAUAUCAACAGAAUGGUUAUGGUCCACCACAAGGUCAGCAGGGUCCACCAGGCUACCCUGGUCCUGGAUAUCCUCAAGGUCCUUCUGGCCCACAAGGAGCUGCAGGUGGUUUCCAGCAGUCGUUUGGAAGUUCUGCUGAUGCCAAGGCUGCUGAAGCUGCUCAGUCUGCUUAUUAUGACCCUAAUAAACCACAAAUGGCAUAUAUUCCUCCGCCAGCUUAUUAUGAAAAUCCACCCAGCUACAAUCAGGCUACUGACAAAAAAACACAGUAGGAAUGGAACUAAUGUGACAGUACCAGUUAAUGUUUUGUAUUAUAUUGUAUAGCUCUUGCUAACUAUCGUAUCAUCUGGUUUAAACAUUCCUUCUAAUUUGAUGCUGGCAAUAUUUUUAAUCUGGGGAUGAAAGGUUUCUUGGAGCUCUAUAUGCAUUAUUCAACAACCUUUGUGGUUUAAUUUUUUGUAUUUGAAUUGAAAUGUUUCUAGUUUUUUGCAGACGCAAGUAAAAGUAUCACUUUGUUUCAUCCAUUCUUAAUCAUGAAAAUUUAUAAAAAAUGAAUAUGUUGUCUAAAUAGAAGAAUCAACAAAUGUUUAUGCAGGUCAUUUAGGCAGCAUAAGUAUUUUCCUAGGAUUGAAUAAAAAGCUACCCAUAUUAGUAUUUGCAAACGAACCACAAUUUGCUCCAAUAUUGUUAUAUAUCUUAUUAUUUAAAAAAUAUGUAUCUGAGGUGAUAUUAUUAAAAUGCAAACAUACACCAGAUAGUCAACUUUCUAGAGCUGUAUUUAUAAAAGCAAGGUAAAUGUAGCUUGUGGCCACUCAUUUCCAAUUAUGCUCAUAAAUCACCCCACUAGAGCCUUCAUUCCACACCAAAUACUACCUGUCAAACAAGAUGUGUUGGGUUGGCCAUGUUUAAUCAUAAGUAUUAUAAAAAAAAUUAUAUUCAUGUAUAUAUUUGUUAGCUAUUGUAUUAACACUAUUGAAUUAAUCGAGAUAUUUGAAUAAAAUCACAAAAUCUU